GUGCCCAGGGGAGUGAGCUCCCGCCCAGUGUGCGCGCGCAUGGGCGCGGGCACAGUUCCGCCGCUCAGUCUCUGCGAUGCAGAGAACACCGGACACUGGAUUGGUGUGAGGCAGCAAGUUGCAUAAGGCUCACAGAACUUCUUCACCAAGCCCAUUUGGUCGACGUUCUGCUGCUGGCGCCUCCGGUCCUGUUGUCACAUCAGACGCAACUUAAACCGAAACAAAAAUCCCGUAUUUUGUUUUAUGUGGCGGGGCUGUACUAUUUUGUGUCUCUCGUUGUAUGGAUUGAAGUCCAAUGGAGUGGAAUCCCGUGUUUUUAAUUGUCGGGACUUCUUUCGGGAGUUUCAAACUGAUUAAUCGAUUUGUGGAGUUUCUCCCAACGCCGGAGUCUGCCUUGAGGAACAGAUGGAAAUGGGAAAACAUCGCCACCUCGAUGGUGCACAGUGUGGUGACAGGGAUUUGGGCUGUCCUGUGCUUUUAUUUACACCCGCGGAUGGCCCAGGACCUGAUCGGGACAUAUUCUCAAUCGUCUCACAGUCUGGUGUCGGUUUCCAUAGGUUAUUUCAUUCAUGAUUUUACAGACAUGCUGUGGAAUCAGAAGUUGCAACAUUCCUGGGAGCUUCUUUUCCAUCAUGCUGUGGUAAUUAUUUGUUUCGGCAUAUCUGUGUGCGUCUGCAGCUACAUUGGGUUUGCGGUGGUUGCCUUACUGGUUGAAAUCAACUCGAUCUUUCUCCACCUGAGGCAGAUUCUUCUGAUGGCCAACAUGGGCAAAUCUACUCUGUUCCGCAUCAACAGCAUUAUCAAUCUGGGAACGUACAUCAUCUUCCGUAUUAGCACUCUGGCAUGGAUGACGCGCUGGCUGGUCCUAAAUCGUGACAACCUUCCUCUAUGGGCCUACAGCAUUAGCAGUGGGGGAAUGGCCAUCAUGACUCUGAUGAACAUUGUGCUAUUUUACCGACUACUGAGAAGUGACUUCCUGAAAUCCAGCAGAGAAGGGAAGAAGGAAAACGAAAAAUAAAAUUGAUAUGGUGUUCUUCCCAUGGUACUGAUGCUUGGAGUUAUUUACAGAAAAGGGAGCAUUUUUGCUCCUUUGAACAGAAAUUUGCUUAAAUUCAAUUAAUGUGGAAUUCUAAACUGCUUGAUUGUCUUAUAUAUUAUAUAUAUAUAUAUAUAUAAUGUAUAUAUAUAUAAUGUAUAUAUAUAUAUGUUUGGGUUUGUACCUACUUAAUCUUCUUGUAUCUAACACUGUGGAUUGUAUUUUAAAAUGAAAAUGAUACAAUAAUUAUGCAAACAUUGAAUUUUCUUUUAAACAAAUGCCUCUAGAUGUGCUACAGAGUAAAAUUCCUUAAUCUUUCUCUACCUCACAUCGAACUACAUUACACAAGUAUUAAUGUUAUCGAGCAUAGCUUCACUGCAGAUAUGUGUCAAGCUAUUCUGACAGUGCCUCGUAAAUCCCACCCUGACUUGGAAAUAUGUCAUCUUCAAGAUCAUUGGGUCUAAUUCCUUAACCUCCCUACCCAACAGCAGCAUAGGACAUUACAGCACAGUAAGACCCUUCGGCCUACGAUGUUGUGCCGACAUUUCAUCCUGCUCUAAGAUCUAUCUAACCCAUCCCUCCCACAUAGCCCUCCAUAGCAUUGGAGUCCCUUCACCAAAAGAACGACUAUGGCUCAAGAAGGUGGGGCAGCAUCAUCUUCUCAAAGACGAUCAGGGUUGGGCUAUAGAUGCUGGCCUUGAAUUAAUGAUGAGCUAUGAGGACUGAGACAGUAGCAUGUCAAAGAUAUUCUGGAAAUAAAACAUUGAACAAUGUCAUGAAAUACAGUGUUCAUUUAUCAAAUGUUUUCAUUUAGUUAUAUGGUUGACAGGUUGUUCCUGGGUUUAUAUAGACUGAAGGCAUAUUUUAAAUAGCCAUGCAGAUGUUCUGUGAUAGUGGUGUUUACAUGAUACGUGGACUAAGCAUGUAUAUAAUCAUCUUGAAAGUGCAUAUCUUCACAAGCUGUAAUAUUUGGAGAUCUAUCUGUGUGUGCAACUUAAAUAUUUUUGGAACUGUUACCAAUCAUCUCUGGCCCUUUCUUUUACUGGUAUUUUAUGAUAAAAUUGAGUUUUUGUUUGAGUAUUUGCUUCCGUAUUCACACUUCUGUGAUGCAAGGUUUCCAGUAUGUAGAGAGUAAUUAUUUUUAUUUUUAUGAGAAAUAAUUUCAUUUGUGUUUAUAAAUGUAUUUAUCCAGUGACAAAAUGAGGCACCAAUUCUGAGACUGCCCUUCGAGGAUUUUUUAUGUUUUGACUAAUGAUAUAAAAUGUGUGGAAUUUGCUCAAAGAUAUUAAAUAUGAAGCAUUGUUCUGAUGAAUUUACGACUAUU